UAAGAGAAGUUCCUGGAAACAGAGGAGUGAGGCGGGACGCUGCGGUUCAAACUGAAAGAUUCCUCAGAGGCUUGACUUCUCUGCUCAGUGCACACACAUCACAAACUCUCAGAGAAACACGGCAGUUGAUCUCCUGGUUUUAUCCAGAUUACGUUCACAGCUCGGCAGACUGAAGGAGCCCCUCAUGCUGACAUGUCACUUUGGGAAAAGUGUUUGCGACAACAACAGGUAUGAGCAGGGGAUUAUCAUAUCCUGUGUAAAUCAAGUUUUACCAUCUGCAGCUAUUUAAAUCAGCUUCCUCAAGAACGUCUAAUGAAUCUGCCGCAGCCAUGAGUGGAAAAGGUUGUCAGCUCCUGGUGUCUCCUUGCAGUGUGUCCCCAUCACUGAGCAUGAUCAGAGGACACCAGUCCCAAUCCAUCAGGAUGCCCAUGUCCUCCCCACAACGGCCCAAUCUCAGUCCCUCCACGGGCAUGGAAAAGGUAAAAAGAGGGGCCUUCCACUCCUUUGCUUCCGGGAAACAGAGCGGAAGCCAUGUUGUCCUGCCAACCUUGAGUCUCCGCAGACAGGUGUUGACCAAUGGGAAGCAUCUAAACAUUUCAACUGCAUCCCCACACCAGCAAGUUCAUCAUCCUCCAACCACAACAGUGACAACUACCAUACAGACAGGAGCCUGCUCCUCUAACAACAGCUUCAAAGCAGGUUGCUCUGUGCCUGGGCCUACAAUGGAAGUAUUUGGUCUGCCCGCUGCUGCUAACCUAACAGUGACCAGUAGUCCCAUAACUGUUGUCACAGGCCAACAGUAUACUGCAGGGCCAUCAGCACCACAUCCUCCAACACAUCCACAUAGUGUGCACAUUCCCCACACUGAUGCCAGAUCCUUACUGUCCAGAGAAUCCCUGGCAUCCACUACCUUAAGUCUGUUUGAAACACAGUCAGUGUUUAGUGGCAGACAUGACUGGCCAUAUGGCUACCGUGUGCUUCCUCCACUUGGUCUACCGCAGUGCUCCACCCAAGCCAGCGAGGGAGGUAUGCAGCUCAGCCUUUCCCCUGGCACAGCCAUGUCUGGCACGACCGUAUCAGGUGGCACUAGCACCUCAGCCUCCCUCCCCUCGUACCUCUUUGCAGGUGAUGGUGGAAGCCCCAGACAGUCUCGUGCUAAGAAGAGAGCUCUCUCCAUGUCGCCUUUGUCGGAUGUCAUGGGUAUUGAUUUCAACUCCAUCAUACGCACUUCACCUACCUCACUUGUGGCUUAUAUCAACGGUUCCCGCAGCUCCCCUCAUCCCACACUCUCACCUGUCCAGUCUGAAGGUUAUGGUCACUUCCUGGGUGUGAGAGGCUGCUCCAUCCCCCAGGGUCAUCCCUACAGCAUGCCAGGCUCUGCGCAGGCUCUGGCCCCGCAGACAGAGUGUGGACGUAUGCAGCUGCUUGAAGAGGGAGGGGGUCUGGAGAGCCAGAUGGCUAACAUGGUGGUGGAGCAGCAGUGCCUCCCAGAGGAAGGAGGGGCACUGGAGACGACUUCAGAAAGCUGCAGCCAAACUACCAACAACCUGCUGCCACAUCUUUUGUUACAGCCAGCCCUGUUGACCACUAUCCAAGAAGCUGCUACUCCACAGGGGCCUCCACCACCCUACCACUCACACCAGCACCUCCACCUCACUAGACGUCAUUGCAAAAUAAAACCCCCUUCUCAGGACCCUCUCGCACAGCCUCCUAUGGUUCCUCCCAGGCAUGGAGUGAGCUUUUUACCCCAGGUCCCAAUGCUGGAAGAAGAAGAAGGAGAGCUGGAGGACUAUGGGUCCCACUGCUGCAGGUGGUUAAACUGUAGUGCAGUCUAUGAGCAAAAGGAGGAACUGGUAAGACACAUAGAAAAGUUACAUGUGGACCAGCGGAAGGCUGAGGAUUUCACAUGCUACUGGGUGGGCUGUACGCGCAACUUCAAGCCCUUCAAUGCCCGAUACAAGCUUCUGAUUCACAUGAGGGUCCAUUCAGGAGAGAAACCCAACAAGUGCACGUUUGAAGGCUGCAAAAAGGCUUUCUCUCGUCUAGAAAAUCUGAAGAUCCACCUGCGUAGCCACACGGGGGAGAAACCCUAUCUGUGUCAGCACCCAGGAUGUCACAAGGCCUUCAGCAACUCAAGUGACAGAGCUAAACACCAGCGUACACACCUGGAAACAAAGCCAUAUACGUGCCAGGUGCCUGGCUGUGCAAAGCGUUAUACUGAUCCCAGCUCCUUAAGGAAACACGUGAAAUCACACUCUACAAGAGAACGACAGUUACGGAAGAAGUUGAAGUCCACUGAUGGUGUAUCCCAGGACACUCUGACAGACUGUUUAACCAUCCACCCUCUGCAGCCAUGCCUUUCUCCUCUGGCAAGGAUAGACGACAACUUAAACUCUUCCCCUUGUACGUCUCAUGAUUCAUACUCUGCUGCUCCACAGGGACAAGACUCCUCCGGCAAUCCUCACCUGGCUCUGUUGUGCUCCUUACAAGAUGAUUACAGGUUUGUUGAUCCUUCCCCUCACCAGCUCUUCCCCAGAGACCAGUGUGGGCCUUGCUCUUCCACCUGCCUCCAGCAUCCUCCCAAUGGGAUGUCCCUGCAGAACAACCAAGAUCUGAAGCACCCCAGCCAGCCUCCUGAUCUAGCAGUUCACAAUCCAGAGCUCCCAGGGCAGAUGAAGAUUCUAUAUUCUCCUCCACAAUAUGGUGGGAUCACAGCACAGACAAGCUCGAGUCAUCUGAUGCAAGAUGAUGCCUUUGGUGACAGCCUCCCUCCAGCAGUCAAUAAUCCCAAUGGGGUUGCCACCUUACAAACAGCUCUUUCCUGCAUUACAGGAUUUGAUGUCCACAGCCGGGCAGACAUUAAGGAUGUGGAUCCUAAACAAGAUUUGCAUGGAGGGGAUUUCUUCACUGUGGUGGACCACUGCACAAGCCAGGUCUCCUGCAUCUACACAGAGGGAUGAUAUCACUCAGUCGCCGGUUUUGUUCCUUUGCACUGUUUUAUGUCCCCAUUUCCAUUUAAAUAAAAUGGUCAAUGGGAAGAAUACUUCAGAUGGCACCAUAACCUGACGGAUGCAUAAUUAAGCAAGUUUCUCUCUUCAACUAAAUCUCUAUAAAUGAAUCAACACUCUGCCUUCUGCCCCCAUAAUCAAUGUACAGUAGCCUGCAGGAUUUUAAUGUUUACUUUCUAGUUUUUUUUACAGCUUGUGUAUAACAUGUAGUAAGUACUUGAAGUAGUUUCUGGUGACAUUUUGCACAAUAUUCAACACUGUAAUCAAAGCAAAGUAUGCAAGGGAUCAUUUAUUAUAAGGUUUUUCUUAGAACCAUGGCUUUGUAACUAUAGUAACAAGACAGCCUUACCAUUUCACUGUAAUGUUCAUAGACAUAACCUGUUGUUUGAAUAUAGUAAUAUGCUUUGAGUGAUCAUGGGGUGGAUUUUUGAUACCAGUGAUUUACAUGUUUUAGUUAAUUACUGCAAAUGACUGACACUUGAUAUUGCAGUUGACUUUCGAAAAACGUGGCAUUUUUGUACCUGUUUUUCAUUUCAGUUCAUUUCCAUAUAGUAUGAAAAUUAACUUUUGGAGACUUUAAAACUUGCUUGAAAUAGGUCAACUAUCAUAGUGAUUAUUGCUGUUUUUAUUUUUGCCAGUUACGUUAUUGUUGUGUUUUAAUGCAGUGCAGACUUCUCAAUCUAAUUUGCACUUUCAGCUGCAUUACCAUGCAAUGAUAACAGUGUAGUGAAAUGACUAUGAGGAUUCAAAAAAACUGUAAAAAAUUCUAAGGCAAGCUUUGAAAAAUUAUUAGCAGCAAUGUAAAGUAUGCACUGAUUUGUACUAAUUGGGCUAAAAUAUGCAGAAACAAUGCUAUUGUAUCAGGAAAAAGAAGUAAAUCAUUUGUUCCCUUGUUUGUAAUGUUGUUAAAUGUGAAGAUGCACCAGAGCUCUUGAGGAUCAGUUGGUGGCUAAUUUUAUUGAAUUUUUUUAAAGCUCACCACACAGAUAACAGAUACAAGGUUACAGUUCCAACACCCCCCUUCUAUCAGCUGUUCUGUCACUUAAGAGCAAGGCCAAGGAUUAUAUCUUUACCGCUCUCAAAAAUAAUGCCACAGAUAGUUAGUGUGGAUACUUUGUGUGGAUUUCUAAAAUUUGUAAUGCCUUUGUUGAUACUUUAAAAAGCAGCAGCUUUGCACACCAUAAACCACAUUUUCCCAGGCAAAGAUAAACAAAUUUAAUUGUUCAAGUAAGUACCUCUAUGGAGUCAGUAUCUCUAUCUCUAUAUUUGCAUUAAAGACAACAAGACGUGAAAAGGUACAACAGAACAACUGCUUCGUGGUAGCAUUAUAAAUAACUUAAUAGUUCUUAGAACAAGCUAACAUAAAUCACAGAAUUAAUUAUCAACCACAGCUGUAUACCUGAACACCAUGAAAAGCCACAGGUCCAGCAGGCACCAGUCUUCACAGCAGCGUAUUUUUCUUGUUUGAAAUUGAAAGGACAAACUGUAUUACUUGAAAAUAAUUCUUUUAGCAAAAGAGUGUCAUGCUUCAGAUGGGGGUUUCAGUAGUUGCUUAGCAACAACAACAGCUUGUCCAAAAAGCAUCUGUUUAGUACUGCUUACCAAAAAAAAAGUGUUGCGCAGUGGACACAGGUGGUUGGUUAAGCUUUGUAUGCAGUAGGAUGCCUCUUAACAAUGCUGGCUUUGUUUGGUCACCUUUCCCAAUUAAAAAGUUCUGAAUGAUUUUAGCCUUACUUGUGGUGCACAAUGUAUGAAAAUGACUAUAUUUGUAUAUCAAUAAUUUGAGGUUCAAAUAUUGUCAAUAAUUGCUUGUCAACUCCAGUUUUGUAAAACUAUUUAUUUUGUUUGUUUGCUCUGCUAUGUCAGAAAAACAAGGCUUAGGCUGAGAAUUAAACAAGGAGCAUUUAUUUUGAUUCAAAAGCAUAACACGAUCAGCUAACACCUACAAUGAUAACAUUUAAUUGUUCAGGUAGAAAGACGCAUUCAUUAGGAGGGGUUAACUUUCCAAUAACAAAUUAAGACAGUGGGAAUAAUUGCAAAAUAAAACAUGAUCCUGUUCUCCUCCACAAAUGGUGGGUUAAAAGAAAAAGACGUUUUCUGCAGUCUGCUCAUUCUCAAAUCUGAGGAACAAGAAAUGGCUAGAACAUGUUUGGACAAGUGAGA